GUCUCCAUUAGUGGCCAGAGGUCUUCUGAAUCUCCGAAUACUAAAGAUAGAUGGUUGUGAAUCAAUGGAAGAAGUGAUCACAAAAGAGGAACAACAACAAGGAGAUGGAAUAAUGAACUUAUUUCCCUUGUUGGAAGAGCUGGAGCUUUGCAGGCUGCCUAAGCUGGGGCAUUUCUUUCUGACGGAGCGUACUCUUGAAUUUCCAUUUCUCAGAAAAGUGAAGAUUGAUGACUGCCCUGAAAUGAAUACGUUUCCCCAACAAAGAAUAUCCGUCAGUACACCGUGUCUCGAAAGUGUGAACAAUGAUUAUGAGGUUUCUUGUCCCAGCUUGGAAAAGCUAUCUAUCUCUAGUCCUGACAGCAUAAGUUCUCUAUUCUCUCACCAGCUUCCAUACUUCAGCAUACUUCAAACAUUGGAAGUAGAGAAUUGUGUAAAAUUAAGAAACUUGAUGUCUCCAUCAAUGUCCAGAUGUCUUCUGAAUCUCCGGACACUAAAUAUAAGAGAUUGUAAGUCAAUGGAAGAAGUGAUCACGGAAGAGGAACACCAAGGAGAAGAAAUGACUAAUGACCCCUUAUUUCCGCUGUUGGAAAAGCUGAUUCUUCACAGGCUGCCUAAGCUAGGGCAUUUCUUUCUGACGAAACAUGCUCUUAAAUUUCCAUUCCUCAUAGAAGUGAACAUUUUUAAGUGCCCUGAAAUGAAGACGUUUGUCCAACAGGGAGUAUAUGUGGGUACAACGAGUCUCAAAAGUGUGAACAAUGAUGAUGAGGUGAAAGUAGUUGAUCUCAAUAACGCAAUGUUCAAUUCUAAGGUUUCUUGUCCCAACCUAGAAAAGCUAUCUAUCGAUGGGGCUAACAGCAUAAGUGCUCUAUGCUCUCACCAACUUCCAAUUGACUACUUCACCAAACUUCAAACAUUGGUAGUAUCUGAGUGUGGAAAAUUGAGAAACUUGAUGUCUCUAUCAGUGGCUAAAGGUCUUCUGAAUCUCCAACGGCUACAUAUAGAACAGUGUGAAUCAAUGGAAGAAGUGAUCGUAACAGAGGAACAACAAGGAGAAGGAAUCAUGACCUUAUUUCCACUCUUGGAAGACCUGGAUCUUUGCAAGCUGCCUAAGCUGGGCCAUUUCUUUCUGACGGAGUGUACUCUUGAAUUUCCAUUUCUCAGAAAAGUGUGUAUUUACAACUGCCCUGAAAUGAAGACGUUUGUCCAACAGGGAAUAUCUGUGAGUACACCGAGUCUUAACAGGGUGAAUUAUGAUGAUAAGGUGAAAGUAGAUGAUCUCAAUAAAUGGAUACAACAGAGGUUCAAUUCUUAG